AUGAGGGUACCACUUGGGAUUGCCUUACUUUGCCACGUCGUCUUCUCGUACGAUGCGGUGCUUUUCUCGAAUUCCCAGGAGCUAAGCGCAGAAACGCCGAGUUUGGAGUCGUUGAUAAGUGGUGCCUCGGCGGAACAUCCUCUCAUUUUCUUGGUUGAGCCGGAUUUCACCAUUGGAUUAUUCAACAAGCAUGCUUCCGUAUAUCAAGCUGAUGGAAAAGCUUCUCCGUUGGCUCAAAUGGUACGAGAAGCCAAGUAUUCAGCACAGCGGCAUCUUGAUGCUACUUAUGAGGUUCCAAAUGCUCAAGCCGUAUCACAGACAGGCGAAUAUCAAAAUGGCGCAUCGACGUAUCUGGUUUCCGCAGAUGAUUGGAGUCUUCUCGAGGAGCUUUCCGCAAAUGUUUUGUCAAAGGUGAACUCGUUCACAGCUGUUCUUGCAAAUUCUGAAGCAGUCACUCAAUCACAGGGGAGAGUAAAGCGUCUUUCGUCAGACGUGGAAGGAGAGCGAGGGGAAAGAGCGGCUGAUGCUGAUCCUACAGUCCGUGGAAGCCUUCCCGUGACCAUUCCACCUUACAAUAGAACCUCAUUGAAUGGGGGUCUUCAACCAAUGACAAAUAGAAGCUGUCUUCUCUACAUGGAAGGAAUCUCAAUUAUUGCAACAAAAAUUCAAGGUGAGGUUCCAUCUGGCUACCCUGCAGGCGUCGCAACGAUUUCCGGAGAAAAUGGCACCUUCUAUUAUGAGGAUGGCGAUGUUAUAUGUGCUACGCAAGAAAAUCGUUUGGACAAUGGAAUCUUUACGUUUGUCGUCAGGCUGUCUUUCACGGAUUCGGUCACUGGCACAAAUGUUAAUGGACAGCAAUUCACUGUUCCAGGUGGCCAAAAUAUCAGCUUCCGAUUGGUUUUCAAGGAAGACGUGCAAUUCUAUUGGGCCCUUGAUAGCUUCACAUUAUUGACGGAUAUCAAGAUUGCUGUAGCGGAGGGAGGCAAAGGAUUUAUUGAUAAAGAAACAUCGACUGAUGUAACAAAAUUCGGGAACGCUUCUGGCAUCGGUUAUAUGGGUGUGAAUGGAGUUGUUGGGUAUUCUUGGAAUUGUGGUGACUCGGCGGCUGCUUGGUUUCCCACCAAAGAUGAUAGUGUUCGAAUUGGAAUUGCGUUCCACAAUUUCCAGGUUCAAUUGCGAAAUAUCCAUGCCGAUAAAUCAUUCUUCUUUGACCGGCAAGUCGUCGAUUGUGUGCCAACUUUCUCAACAGGAUCACUGAUGGGUAUUAUCUCAGCGCUCAUAAUGCUCUCAAUCUUUAUCUUUGGUUUCUUGAUGUUGAACUCUGUGCAAACGAUGGACCGAUUUGAUGACCCGAAGCAGAAGCAAAUUCUCAUCAACGUCCGGGAA